ACACCACCACCGCCUGCAGGUCUUCUUCACCUUUUAUUCGACUAGCGAUGUUACAGAUAAAGAACCGCAUGCGAUACAGCAGGCCGGGCGUCGCCGCCGCGAAGCUGUUUUCCUCCGUUCCAGCUGAGAACCCCGUCGUGUAUUUGGACGUGGAAGCCGAUAAUGAGACUCUUGGAAGAAUAACAAUUGAGUUGAAUGCAGAUGUAGUGCCAAAGACUGCAGCAAACUUCAGAGCACUGUGCACUGGGGAACUUGGCUUUGGAUUCAAGGGAUCUGUGUUUCACAGGGUCAUACCUGAGUUCAUGUGUCAGGGGGGAGAUUUCACCCACCACAACGGCACAGGAGGUAAAUCUAUAUAUGGGAAGACAUUUAAAGAUGAAAACUUCAAAUUGAAACACACUGGUCCAGGAACACUUUCAAUGGCAAACUCAGGGCCAAACACUAACGGCUCCCAGUUCUUCAUCUGUACAACCAAAACUGAAUGGCUUGAUGGUAAACACGUGGUGUUCGGGCAGGUCAAGGAAGGUAUGGAUGUGGUCAGCAAGAUGGAAUCCUUUGGUUUACAUGAUGGCGGUGUGAUUAAGAAAAUUGUCAUCACUGACUGUGGGGAGAUCAAAUAACUACUAAGAUUACACAUGGACUUCUGUUAGAUGACUCAGCAUACAACCAUUGGGUAUUUACUUUAUAUUUCGUUCUGUGGUGUUCACUUUCAAGGAGGAACUGUCACAAGCGAUUCUGCUACUUUACUGUUGAUGAUGAUGUCGGAAGAUAUCUUGCUUUUCCGAGUUUGAACUUGAACCAUUUUUAUACAAGCACUAAGUAAUUUGCUAUUUGCUAUGUUAAGCGCUGUUAUUGCGCUUUUUGUCAUUUUCUGCCAAAUAAAAUGACCGUUUUCACUAGCUCUGGUCUCAGUACAGGACAUUUGGACUUGGUUUGGACCACCAUGCUGGUUUUAAAGCUUCCUGUAAAACGAUCCAACGGCUUUUUUUUUUUUUAGACACCGGCUCCAGUGCGAAUAACUUCCUGUCCAUCCGAGCAGGAUGUGACAUCAUGUAACAUCCACCUACAACGUAGCUGAAAUAUCAUAUGAAUGCAGUUGACGGAUGAUAGAACUGCGACAGGCUAAAACCUCAUUGGACAUGGUGCAUACAGAUGAUUUAAUCUGCUGGAACAAUGAAGGACUCCGAAAAUGUCUUUAGCUUGUAUGUGGGCUGCUCUUCCUUCACUGCUUCUUUAUUUGAAACACAGAGGGUUUGGAGGAGAGAAAGAGAAAAGGAGGCCAGGACAUGUCUGAAAGCCAGAGACUGGGUGGUGCUUCUUAUCGAGCUAAUACUUUAUGAAAGUAAAUAAUGAAGCGACGUGAAAAAGCAGCCAUGCCCCUAAAUGAAACCAUAUGCGCACUGACCUUCCAUCGUUUGUUUGAAUUCUCAGAUUACAUUGUUGCUAUAGAGACUCCUCAGCUCUCACUCUGUACGAGGAAGAGAUGUUGUAACAAACUUGAUAUAAUUUGGGUCCCCACCCUCUGGUUUAGUUUUAGUUAUUUGGAAUGCAUGUCCAAUAUUGUGCAUGGAAACUUGGCUCAAAAGACAGCGGUGCUGUGGCCAACGUUAAGUACACAUGCAACACAAUGACAUCUUUACAACUGGUACAAGCUGGUUCUACUGCGGUAAAUGUCUCCAUUUAUCACACAGCACCCAUGUCAGCUAGUGUCCUUUUUUGUGUUUUGCUUUUCCUGUCCACAUUUUGACUCAAAGUGUCAGCUCAAUGUGUCUGUUAUCUUUCAGCACUGUCAUGGAAAGUGAAAAACAAGUUUUCCAAGACCCCCCCCCCCCGUUUUUUUUUGCAUUACACAACCACCAUGAAUAACCCAUUAAAAACCUCUUCAUCAUAAUCUAUAUGCUCGGUAUUGCAUAAGUCUUGGAGCUUGCGCUUAAAGACACAGUGUAACAAUGAAAACACAUACUAUGUUAUAAUAAUAUAGUUAAUAAUUAUUCUACAGACAGGAGCUCUCAGAAGACACUUUGUUGCUUUUGGCUAAAUCAAAAUCCUGAGUGAUCACCUCCCAGUUACUGGCAACAACAAUUCAGUAGAGGACCUAAACAAAGGAAACCACACAAUCCAAGCACUGCUAAUUGAAUAUUACUUUAUUUCAUAAAACUCUCGACAGCACUAAAGCACUAAAAUGUUUUCCCAACUAACAAAUAAGGCACAUUUUGGAAUGCCAUUUCAUGGACAUGAAAAACAGACCUGUGGUCUAGUCCCAAACCAUGACUGUCUUGUUUCCCAAAAUCACUGUCUUUCCUACCUCACGCCUGUGUUCUGUCCAAUUCAAAUAUUACAUUAUUGCAAUAUUGCAAUACAAACAUCUCAAGUGAUACAGACAAAGAAUACAAACAUAACUUUACAAAUUGACCACAUAAGUGUUAACACAUUACAUUCAGUAAAUACGUAUUAUUUGUAGAGGCUACACUAGCGGUAAAUGAAAUACUUCAAGACUUAUAAUCAGAAGUUGCUGAUAAUGUGAAAAACAAUAUGUACUGUAGCAAACUACUGUAAGGUAUUUAAAUAAGUAUACAUUGCACAACAUAAUAUUUCAUUCAAAACCAAACAGAUGCACAUGCAAACUCUAAAAUAGUUCUUUGUCACACACGCUUUCUUGACAAAAGUAUACACUCCCUAAACUACUAAUAACACUGUAACAUUUUAUAAUAAUUUCUUGUCAUUGCUGCUUUAAGCAAACUCACAUAUCUCACAGUUUAACGUGCUUAUACACUGGUGAGUAUCUGUCACUAAUUAAGAAAAAAAAGAUUUCUGCAUGUUUACACAAUAUAUAUAUCUUCAUAUAAUUGUUUACAAAAUGAAUACAUGCGACUGUAUGGAUGUAAAUGGCAGUUCAUAAUUAGUUACAUAAGCAACUGAAUAACAUUGUGGGUUAUUUAACACUGAUAACAUAAAACAAAACACAAAAAUACAAUGGCUUAUAAUUGAGUAAGGGUAUUAAUUAUGUACCAACUUUUUUUUAAUAAUACUCUAUGUAGACAUCAAUAUUUCCUUCUUAGUGUAACUUUGUUGCAUAUUCUAUACAAAAAGUGUUGUAAAAAAUCUUUCCAUAAAUAUUUCUGCAGGAUAACCCCUCAGAUUAUUGUAAAACAUAAAGAAAAAAACUCCCAGCUUUGUUUAUUUCUCUGCAAUAGGCCCUUCUUCACACAAAAAGCUUAAAUAUUGCAUAACACUUUAAAAGAGCUGCUAACCUUGAUAAUGAUGGCCUUCAAAUAUAUACAUAAAACAGUCUAUCUUUGUCAGGGAAAUAAUUCUUGAGUUUUUGCAGAUUGCUUUAAAAUUUUCAACAUCUAUAAAGUGUUCCAAAAUACACAUCUCAUUCAUAGAAAACAACCAUUUUGAACUGAAAAGGUACUAGAAAAGUCAAGUAUAUGCAAUUCAAGACAUUAUGUCUAAAAGCAGAGAUCUCUUUUUUUCAAAUGUAUUGUAUCAACUGCUUCCAUUGGCUCUUAAUUUGCCAUUUAAAAUGGCCUCCUCACAAAAUGUAACUGGAUGGAAUCAAACUCCAACAGGAUUUCUCAAUAUUCUGCCAGAACUAGGGGAAUCACAAUUACUUUAUUUGUUUAUGAGGUUAGUUCAUAAGGCAUCAUUGGUAUCUAUUCCUCUUACUAAAGCCACAUGUAUAAUGUGGACUAUAAGGUUGCGAUGUAAAGACAUGUUAAGUUAGUGUAAUCGCACAGAGCAAAAGAAAUACACUGGUGACAAUAAGAAAAUGAAUUGUUCCCAUUUAAAAGGA